AUGUUGUGUUAUUUGUACUUUCAGCAGCUAUACCAAGCUCAAUUGGGAUUCAGGCAUGGAUGUUUGUUAUACUACAGAGUGGCUGGGGAAACUUUGGAUAGAGGUUUAUGUACAUUGAAGGAGGAUGCAGAUGUUGCUGCUAUGGUUAAUGCUUAUGAAGGACUGGAUGUCAUCUGUAUGUAUGCAGAACAAGUUGAAAAAGAAGCUGAGCCAAAUAUUGAAGUGCAAGUGGAACCAGUUGUUGAACCAGUUCUUGAACCUUGGACAAAAUUUGAAAAUCUUAUUGAUGAAGUUUAUGAAGAGCUUACUAGUGAGAAAGCAAAGUCUAGUCAAGUUGAAGAAAAUCAGCAAACAUGGGGUGUAGAAAGUGAAGAUGAAGAGUUGGAAGAUGAAGAUGAUGAAGAUAGACCACCAUCUGUACACAGUUCUGUUCCUAGCUGGUUUGAUGAUGCUCCAGCAGUUGAAAGUAAAGGUCCUGAUGUGAAUGUAGAAGAGUGGUGGUCUGAUUGUGAAGAUCCUGAAAAUCCUGAAGAGUUGAGGAGUACUGAUUCUGAAGGUGAAAAGUCUGAUGAAUUUAAUGAGGCUACUGGUAUGAAGAAUCCAAAUUUGUUUGUUGGACUAAUGUUUUCUACACCACAAGUAUUUAGAAGAGCCAUGAUUAGAUGGAAUGUACUAAGAGGCCAUGACAUCACAUACAUAAAGAAUGAGAACAUGAAGAUUAUUGCCAAGUGUAAGGAAGAUUGUGGAUGGAGAAUACAUGCAUCUCCUAUUGGCAAUACAUCCACAUUCCAGAUCAAGACCUUCAUAUCAGAACACAAAUGUGGGAGAAAACAUGAUAAUCAUAUAGUGAAUUCCAGAUACUUAGUUGAGGAGUAUCUGGAUGAUUUCAGAGACAAUGGAGAGAUGAAAAUCAACUCAAUGAAAAGAAAAGUAAGAAAGGAUUUGAAUGUAGAAGUUAGUAGGUGGCAGUGCUACAGAGCAAAAAACAAUGCAAAGAAGAUUGUGGAGGGAGACAUACAGAAACAAUUUGCAUUGUUGAGAGAUUACUGUGCAACUGUGCUUCACCAUAAUCCAGGAAGUUGCUUCAAGAUUCAAACUACUGGUGAAGAUGGUACUCAGCCUAGAUUCUUAAGACUCUAUGCUAGAUUGGCUGCACAAAAGAGUGGAUAUCUGGCAGCAUGUAGACCAAUAGUAGGGUUGGAUGGCUGUUUUCUCAAAGGAGCAGUUGGAGGUCAGCUUCUAAGUGCUAUUUGCAGGGAUGGAAAUGACAAUUUGUUUCCCCUUGCAGUAGCUGUGGUAGAAUCUGAGUGCAAACAGACUUGGACAUGGGUUCUAAUUCAAUUUCUUAGAGACAUGGGGGAAGUUCAAGAAAGAGGAUGGGUCUUCAUUUCUGACAAACAAAAAGGCCUAGUUGAGACCAUGAAUGAACUGAUGCCAGGUAUUGAGCAUAGAUACUGCAUUAGGCAUAUGUAUGCCAACUUCAAACAGAAAUACAAAGGGAAAGAGCUGAAAGAUUUAUUCUGGAAAGCAGCCUCCACAUCAAAUUUGAAUGGAUGGAAGUACUAUAUGGAUGAAAUCAAGAAAGCUGAUCCACCAACAGUUGUGAAUGGUGAGGAAAGCAGCUGUGCAUUUCAGUGGUUAAUGAAAGCUAAUCUUGAAAAUUGGGCCAUGUCACAUUUCAGCCCAAGCGCAAAAUGUGAUAUUCUUGUCAACAACAUGAAUGAAAGCUGGAACAACUACAUUAUUGAUGCCAGAGAUAUGCACAUCAUCUCAAUGUUGGAGUGGAUCAGAAAAUCUUUAAUGGUCAGGUUUCAAGUUAAGAGGACUGGUAUGCUGAAGCAUGAGGGAAAAAUUGGUCCAAAUAUUUUCAAGAAAUUGGAGAGAAUUAAACAAGCAAGUGCUAAUUGCUUUCCUACUUGA